AUGUCGCCGGGACGCCUUGAUGGUGUAGAGCGGGCCAUACGCGCGGUGGCGCCUCCAUGCCUCGGUCUCGACCUGGUGGCGGCGGGGCAGCUUGCGGCGGCGGCACUGGCUGUCGUCACACAGGCCCUGCCACCUGGCCAGCAGCUGGCGGCAGUGCUGCGCCUGGCUCCGGAGCACAGCGCUGGCCAGAUGCUCGAUGCAGAGGCGGCGCAACUGCUGUGGCCGCUCGCGGCGGCGGCAGUGGUUCUGUUGCGGCAGGCGGCAACCCAGCAGGCUGCCAAUGGCUUGCAAUGCGGCUUGGAAAGAGACAGCGCCUGCACCCAUGCUGCGGCAGCCAUCACGCAGUUGCUGCUGCCUAUGAUGGCCAGCGAUCUGCAUGCCGCUUCAGGCACACCAGCAUCAGCCGAGGUGUUGCCACCAGCAUCUGCAGCGGCGUCAGUCAGGCAACAGGAGCUGUUGCGGGCAGUGGCGGAGCUGGUAGCAGCAUGUGGCGGCUGGGACCUAGGGAUGGCCUUGGUUCAGGCAGCAAUUGCAGGCGAGCAGCAGCAGCCAGAUCCGGGGAUACAGCAGGCGGACCGCGUCUUGGCAUCAGGAGCAGCGGCCGCGCGUGUGCUGCCCCCAGGACUGCGCAUGCAGCUGGCGGCAGCAGUCGUGCAGCAGGCGCUGCGAGCGGCCGAAGGCCAGCAGCAGACGCAGUCUGAGCAGCCGACAGCGGUGGAUGAGCAGAUGCAGCAGGGGCCAUGCGCCAUCUUGCGACAUGCUGCCCGGCACACCCUGCCAGAGGUGCUAGCCCAUCUGCUGGCUAAGCCUCAUAGGCAGCUGCAUGCACAGACCAGGCAGCGGCGGCAGGAGCAGCAGGCAGCCGAGGGACGCUUAACAAGGGCAGCAGCGCAGCACCUACUGCCAGCUACGCUCGCGGCAGCGGCGCAGCAGGGCGAGGAGGCGGCGGCUGUGCAGCUGCUGCAAGAUGCCUGCCUGUGCGACGGCGAGGCCGCCAACCGCAAGCGGGCAGCCCAUGUGCUGGCUUUCGCGGUGCAGCAGCAGGAGGCCCACGGCCAGCUGGCGCCGGCCUGGCAGUCUUUCUUCAAGCUUCUGGACUGCCUGGAUGAACGGGCGCCGCACCUGGAUGGUUGGGCCGAAAUCGACAGGCUGAGUCCCGCGGCGGCAUCGCCAGAUGCAGCUGGCACCACACCUGGCAGUGGGCUGGCCUGGCCGUGGAUGGCGGUGCAGCGCCUCGUGCUGGAAAGCUUCUUGGGCUGGCGCUGGCAUGUGGAGGGACAGGGUGCGGAGGCAGCGGCAGGGCAGCCGUCGCUGCUUGCUGAUGUGCCGACACCGUUCGUAUUGGAGGUGUUGCUGCCAGCGGCCGGCCAGGCGCACAUGUGGCGUGGGGAGGGGGCAGCCGCCCUCCAGCAGCAGGUGUCCGCUUGGGUUGGGCGCUACUCCGCCGCUGCCCUGGGGCAGGAGCAGCAGCGGCAGCUGUUGAUCGCCCUUCUCGACCAGCUGGGUGGCGCUGCUGGCGGCAGCCAGCAGAAGCAGCAGCAGGUGCUGCGGCCGCUGGCCCAGACCGUGGCCGCAGCGCUGGUUGCCUCAAGCCAGGCCGUGGCCGCAGCCACAGCAGCAGCCAGGCCGACAGACGGCAGUAGCUCAGAGGAGCGGCAAGCGCACGAGUGGCGGCUGCUGUUCUUGCAGCGCCUGCAGCGGGCCACUGCCAGCCUGAGCAGCAGCUGGGGUAGCGAAGGCGCCAGCAGCGCGUACGCUGCUGACAUGUGCAGCAGUCUGGUGCAGGCGGCAGCGGCGGCCGUGCCCCUUUCCGACAUUCGUGGCGACGACGACAGCAGCGGCAGCGGCAGCAGGACACUGCUCCUCGCAAUAGGCACCUGGCUCUCGCAGCUGCCGCUGCCGCUGCUGCUGCCCGGCGGAGCCUUGCACCUGCCAGCCGCCCACUGGCUGCAGGCUGGCGGGCAGCAGCAGCGGCUGGCAACGCUUGCCAGCUGCGUACGCGACUACCUGGCAGCAGCAGCCGCUCCUGAUGCGGCGCCACGGGAUGGCUGGGAGGUCCAGGCUGGCGGCCUGGCACAGCCCUACCUCCCCCGCGGCACAGCCGAGCGCUGCCUGCUGCUGCUCAGCCAGCUGCUGGCCAUCUGCUCGCCGCUGGCAUCUGGAGCAGCAACGACGACACAGCAGCAGCAGCAGCAGCAGCUGGAAAGGAUGCCUGAGCGGCACCGCCAGCAGCUUCCUUCCCAGUAUCCGCUGGUGCAUUGCCUAGCAGCAACACUCUGCUGCAUUGCCGACGAGCUGGCCAGCUAUUCUAGCAUGUUGGCGGCAGCCUUGCUGUGGUCGCCUAUGGAGCAGCAGGAGCUGGGGGGCAGUACUGGCCAGCAGGACAGCAGGCCGGCUCUGCUGUCUCUACGCUGCAUGAGCAGCAGCCUAGGCAUGCUGCUCUCCUGGCGGCGGCAGCAGGUGACUGGCGCUGCGGACGCGGCAGUGGGCCAGCUGGCGCGGGCACUGGAGGGGCACCAGCAGCAGCAGAGCUUGGCAGGUGCUGCAGCAGAAGCGGCAUCGGCGGCCCUGGGAUCAGUUCUCUCCCUCCAAGCCGCCGCGGCAGCUGCAACAAUAGCGGCCCCAGCUGUGCCGGCACCAGGAGGCAAGCACCAAGCAGCAGCAGCAGCUACAAGCAGCAGUGAUGCUGCGGCAGCGGCAUUCUGCCACCGCCUGUGCUGGAAGGCAGCGGUGGGCUUGCUGGGUGUGUGCCAGCAGCUGGCGGCAGAGCAGCCGCAGGAUGCCUAUCAGCAGCAGCGCUGGGAGGAGCAGCAGGGAUCACUGCUAGCUGUUGCUCUGCGCUCACUCGAGGCAGAGGCUGGCAUCACUGGGCCUGCAGCCGACCCCCGCCGCCUGCUGCUGCAGCUGCGCUGCUGCCGGCUGCUGCUGCCCGCGGCUCUGGAGCAGCCGCGGGUGCUGCAUCUGGCACUAUCCUAUCGGCAGCCGCGGGACUUGACGGCGAGCGGUGGUGGCAGUAGCGAGGGGAUGGCAGCGCUGGUGGGGUGGCUAUGCUCCGCAGCCUGGCGCGCCUACGAGGGCACUGCAACGGGGUCCAGGCGGCGGCGGACGGGCCUCACCGCGGCGCUGGUGGCCACCUGCCUUCACCCGGCGCUCUUUGAUGCCUCUGCCGACCCAGCCAGGCGGGAGCUGCACGCGGCUGGCGCACCCCUGCAGCAGCUUGUGCUGCGGCUGCUUGAUGCGGGGUCCCGGAGCUGGCGAUCUAUGAGCACCGUGUCUCUGCAGCUCUGCGGGCUGCUGACCCGCCACGCUGAGCUGGCGACUCAGUACAGCGCCACCCUCCAGCAGCUGCUGCUGUGGGGCUCGGCCGAGGAUCCCGGCCAGAGCGGAGAGGGGGACGCAGUGGAUGGCGAGACAGCUGCGGAACUGGCUGCCCUGAUAGCGCCAGGCGACGCCCAUCUGGCAGAGGCUUUCGAGGCCACCAAGCUGGCGCCACGUGUGGCUGCGCUGUGCAUGCUGUGGUCUUGGGUACAGCAGGCCGAGGCUGAGGCCCGCGCCAGCACGAUAGCCAGCGCGGCGCCGGCACGAGAGGCGGGGCUGCUGCUGUGGGGCCAGCUGCUGGACCUGUCUGCCUCUGAUCCGGAGCUGAGUGCUGCGAGGUGCACCGAUCUGGGGAAAGUGCACAGGAAGAAGGUGCGGCUGUGGCAGGCGCUGUGCGUGCUGAGCCCGCUCGUGCCCGCUGAGCAAGCCGACCAAGAUUUUGAGGCUGUGCUGGGGGCACUGAGCCGAGCCGACAUGGCCAACGUGAAGCAGUACCAGGACGCAUGUGCCAGCGUACUGCUGCAUCGACGCCCCGCCCUGCUGCGCUCCCACGUACUGCCCGCGCUGCGCGACUGCUGCAGCAGCGCCAGCUUCGCCCUCUCCUCCCUUAUCCUCAUCGCCGCACGAGCGGCAGCCGCGGAGCUGCGGCCCGAAGGCAGCGCUGCUGGGCAGGCGCAGCCGGGCGAGUCGCAGGGCGCCCUGCUGGCAGAGGUGGUCGGGAGCAUCACACCUUGGAGCCUUUCCCACGUCCAUGCCCUCAGGGAGAACGAGGACGUGAACCGCCUGCGCCGAGGACUGAGCCAGGCUUUCUACUUUGACUCGUUUGACCUGGCGCAAGCUGUCACGCCCGCUGGCAUACUCUGCAAGGCGGGUGCACCACUGCUGGAGGAGGUUCAGAGCUUCCUGUCUGUCGAACGCCAGCUGCUGAGGCAAGACCUGAGGCAGGGCAAGGUAGCGACAGCCACGGCUGAGCUGGCGGGCGCCUGGGCUGCUGCCCUGGGCACCCCUGCGCUGCUGGGCGGCAGCCUGGAUGGCGCUGAGCUGGAGCUUGCCGCAGCGGAGGAGGCGACGUCUGGCAGCCGGAGCGGACCUCGGCAGGAGCUGCUUGUUGUUGCCUCCCUGCUCACCAAGGCACCCAACCUCGCAGGGCUGGCACGCACCUGUGAGGUGUUCAGGGCCAGCGGUCUCGUGUUGCCAGGCCUGGCCGUCACUCGGCUGCCAGAGUUUAAGAGCAUAGCCGUCUCCGCCCACCUCUGGCUGCCGCUCAUUGAGGUCCCAGAGGCGAUGCUGGCCGCCUGGCUGCAGCGGCAGGCGGCCCAGGGGUGGACGUUGGUGGGGCUGGAGCAGAGCACAGAGUCAGUGCAGCUACAGGACUUCCGUUUCCCGCGGCGCACGGUUCUGGUGCUGGGGCGGGAGAAGGAGGGCAUCCCUUCUGCCCUGCUGGGCCUGCUGGACCACAGCGUGGAGAUACCGCAGCUGGGGGCUCGUUCCAGCCGCGCCCUUCUAGCAGAUGAGGCCGUGGAGGCGGCUCCCGCCCCCGGCCUAGCCGAAGCGCCCUUUGUCGCGCCAGCCGAGGCGCCCGGCCCAAGCGUGGCCCUCAGCGUGGGCAGUGGGGCGGCGCUUUACGAACGCCCUGAUCGCUGUGAGAAGCUGGGCACGAUGUGCCAGCUGGUGGAGACCACGUUUGAUAGGAGAAAGGGGGAGGAGUUGGAGAUCAAUGUCUUCCAGAACAAGUGCUGCGACGGGCGCCAGUGCACCUACAAAAAGGAAUACCUGCGCAAUGGUGCUAAAGUCAAGGAAUGGGAGUGCACCUAG